CGACGCUACUGUUCCAGUCUUCCGCCUCUUUCACCCCAAAAUCUAGGACGCUAGGUUAACGCAAAUACGCAAUACAGCCGACUUCUCCGCUUAUUCUUUUUGCGAUUCUGAUUUCUGCCGGUGCCGCACUGCCGCCUCAUUCCAGAUUUUCAGAAUUCCAGUCAUUCUUCAACCGCUUGGCCCGCCAGCUUCACCGGACCACCACUUGGCCUUCGGCCUUCCUUUGGCUCUUUUCCGUAGUUUCACUUCACCGCAGCGGCAACCAAGCCAGUCGCAGUUUGAGAACCGGGGCCUCUAAAUUCAUUAGACGGCCCUGAUCUUUACAUGUGCGCUGCGAAGUAGGCUGUGAUACACCCGCAUAGGGAGCCGUAUUAAUCGGAUAAACGUUCACAAAAGUCUUCUACGUAUAAUGGUUUAUCCGGCCGAAUUAUUCCAACAUUAUGUGUAUCCAAAUGUCCGUGUUGGAUAAGUUCCUCAACAGCGAUCUGCAGUGCACGAUAAUGCUUGGUCGCAUGCCCCCUCCGUUUGUGAUAUUGACAAUACGCAUCCUCACUCCCCAUAAAGGCCUUAGUAUCUGACGGCGGGAGGGGAUGAUAUCCUUUUCAUGAUGAAGGAUGGAUGCUAUUGAGAGGGCGAGCGGGGUGAAGCGCUUCAGCUUUGGAACUGUUGUGGCCGCUGGGAUAGGACCCGAUCGACCAAUUUCAUAGGUGCAGCAGGUGGAGUGACCUUGUCCCUGAUCAUGACCUCCUCUUCCAAGGCAGCAUGCUUUCACGCCCAGUCUAGUACUUCAGCAUAACUAGUGUCUGUAUUCUUUUUUAAAUCACGAUACAGAUCCCCGGUCUGGAGAGCGUUGGUAAAAAGAGUGAUACCGGUACAUUCAGUCAAACUUUCAACUUUCAGAGUCUCGUCUCUCCGUCUUGUCAAGAAUUGGGUGAGAGAUUCCUUCGACCCUUGGCGGAAACUUGUGAGAGCUGAAGUGUCGUUUCGAGGUGGCGCUUGAUGCAAACUGCACUAAGAAUUAGGUGUACAACUUGGCAAAACUCCCGAUCGAGCCUAGCUGAACUAUUCCUGAGCCGGGCCUCAGAGUGUGCUGAAAACCAACCUGGAGAUGGCUUCAUCAGUGGCUCCCAACAACAUUAGCCCACCUUGGUAACUCAUCAAAUGUGCAUUAGCUUAGGGUCUCCAACCCUUUUGUAAACCAGGCCGACCAGGGGCCUGCAGUUCCUCUGGAUCUUAGCGUUCAUGAUUUCUCUUGUGAAUGGAGAAGUUAUCCCCACACGGGUUGGGGGGGGGGGGGGGUCCUGUUUUGAUGACGAGCGAACUCAUCAAUCUGUCUCUGCAUGGCGGCCAAUGCCGCAUCUUGUGCCGUUUGGUGUGGUGUCCUCAUAUCUACAAAUUCUGGGGCAUUCCAUGCAUGGGCUGUAGCUGUUUCUCGUCGUCUUUGUUUGAAAGGUUCUCCACCCCCUUCAACAUACUGGAACCUCUGGCCCACUGGGUUCAUCAUAGGAGUUGCCUCCCUGAACUGUGCUCCGUAUUUGGGCACGAACGGGAUUCAAUCAGUGGGGAUGUGCUGCCUCUGCCUAGGUGUGUUUGAUCUUAUGUGGCCUCCCCUACCCAUUCGUGUAUGCGCUAAAGCUCAGGAUGACUCUCCCUCACCAAUAUGUUCCUCGAACGACUGCAUGCGGUGGAUUGGUGAUGGGGAUGUACGCUCUAUCUCCGCUGUGUACACCGUGUAUUCCGGAUCGUGUUCAUCCUCCAUCUGGCGCAUAACAUCUUCUAGUUCCCUCAUUAUUCGAGGGUUCUUUUGGGCUUCCCUGAGAAUCAAAUUGGUGAUAUCCCCGCCAUGGCCUUGCGUCCACAUGCUGCUGGUUUUCUCAGUGGUUGCCGUUGCCGGGGAGAGGCAAUUAUUUUUCUUUUUAUUUUAUUUCAAGAAAAAUAAAAAAUAAUAAUAAUUGAUUAAAAUAAUAAAGAGUUCUUAAUGAUUGGUUUUGCUACUUUGAAGCUUAAUGAAUUGUAAGUUGUGAGUUAUUUUCUUUAAUCUUCUUCCUUGAAUAUUAAUUAAUUCCUAUUCCUAUUACAUAUUAAUAUUUUGAGCAUUACUUAAAGGAUCAACUAGUUUUGUUUCAUAUAUUGAUUAAUACUAGAAUCGGUAUAAUUUCCCCGGCAACGGCGACAUUCAUGUAAUUUCCAUGUUUAUAUUUGUGUUUUUAAUUAGUUUAAAGAGAUUGUUACUUUGGAAAUUACACACUUUUGGUGUAAUAGUUUAGUUUGUAAAAUAUUUGUAAUUUGUUUAGAUUAGGUUUAUUCUGAGCUCAAACAGGUCCAAGAACACUUUGGGGACCACCGGUGAACAUCACAAGUGGAAGGAAGGUGCAAAAAUGCAAGAAAAAAGUGAAGAUCUCAUUUUGUGGUCUGUACCCGGUCGGGUACCCUUCUGAAAAAUCAAAUCGGAUCAACCCGGGAACCAAGCAACAUGCGGGAAAGAUUUUGGCCAUGUUCGAUUGUCAUACCCGAUCGGGUGACCGACAGACCCGAUCGGGUAGGACCCUAAUUUUCAGCUUCUGGGAAGCUUCUGAGUGUACCCGAUCGGGAGCCUUCUAUACCCGAUCGGGUACACAACCAUGCAUGCUCUAUUUCCCUAUAAAUAGACCCCUUUCCUUCCCACAAAAGAUCACCAAUUCACAUAUACUUCUAAGCUCAGUUUAGACAAGUUAUUUCUUUAUAUUUUCUUCAUGUUUAGUCUCCAAAUGAGGAGCUAAACUCUUCCAUCUUGGUUUUGCUACUUUGAAGCUUAAUGAAUUGUAAGUUGUGAGUUAUUUUAUUUAAUCUUCUUCCUUGAAUAUCAAUUAAUUCCUAUUCCUAUUACAUAUUAAUAUUUUG